CGCGACUCCGGGUUUCACGGUCCUUAACUCUUCAUGCUUUUUCCUGAAGGCCGGCAACUCUGAUUGGCCACUUUUGCUAUAGUCGAAUUUCUCGUCCAGCCAGCCACAGAACAAGGCGAAUCCACUUUCUUCCCGUUCGGCUGCCUUCGGCAUUUUCCGUUCAUUAGGCGUGGUUUCCCAGCGACACUUUCUAAUUGGCUUCUCAGACAGAUCGGCUUUUUCCGGAACGAGCCGCAAACGAGAGACGUUGGUGAUUGGCUCCGCUUUGGGUUUCGGCUUCCCAGCCGAAGUGGGCGGGCGCGGACUCGGUCGGCUAUUCCCAGACGCCUGUUACGCGGGCGGCCGGGCUUUGGGCGGUGUAAGGCUGGGUGGGGGAGGAAGGAGGCGGAGGACGAGUAGGAAGGGGGAGGGGGAGCGGGGAAGCGCUAGGCGGCUGCGCAGACGGUGCUCCUCACACAGAGCUGCCCCCGACCCGGGCGAAUGCUGGUUUGUGCUGCUGCCGCUGCCGCCGCCGCCCGGGCCGAGUGACAAAGGAAGGAAGGAAGGAAGCGAAGAGGACCUGGCCCUGCAGCCGCUGACAGGGCUCCGGGCUCGGGGCAAAGCGCAGACACUUCCUGAGCAAGCACCGAUCAGAGGCGAGGGGCGGAGGGCGGCCGCGCCGGUGCCGUGGACGGGGGAGGGGGCCCCGAGGGACGGAAGCGGUUGCCGGGUUCCCAUGUCCCCGGCGUAUGGGGAGCAGUCGAGGAGCCGCUGCCUGGGGUCUGAAGGGAGCUGCCUCCGCUAUCGCCGCCGCCAUGGCCGCUGGAUCCAGCCGCCGCCUGCAGCUGCUCCUGGCGCAAUGAGGAGAGGAGCCGCCGCCACCGCCCGCCUCUGACUGACUCGCGACUCCGCCGCCCUCCUGGUCGCCGGGCCCCUGCCGCCAGCCCGCUGGAUCCCGCCGCUGCCGGAGCCGCAGCGUUUCCCGUCGCAUCUCGGAGCCACCCCUUCCUCCCAUCCCCCUCUCUUCAAGCGUGAGACUCGUGAUCCUUCCGCCGCUUCCCUUCUUCAUUGACUCGGAAAAAAAUCCCCGAGGAAAAUAUAAUAUUCAAAGUACUUAUUUUCAAUCAAGUAUUUGCUCCCGUUUCACGUGAUAUAUAUUUUUAAAGGAUUUCCCCCACCCCAUCCUCCUCUCUCAGGAAAGGGAGGUGAAAGAAUUGUAAUCCCCCCAUUCCAGCCCCAGAUUAUCUAUAUGUUCAAUAUCCGUACCGAUCUGUCUUGAAGGAGAAAUACAUCGCUCGUUUUUUUUUUUUUAAAAUAGCUAUACAAAAAAGUGAAAAGCCUGGAGAACGAAGUCUUUUUCUUUUUCUUUUCUUUUUCUUGUGAGAGAACUUAAUGCUGCAUUUAUCAUUAACCUAACACCCUAACAUAAAACAAAAGGAAGAAAAGGAGGAAGGAAGGAAAAGGUGAUUCGGGAAGAGAGAUCAUGUCAGGGCGGCCCAGAACCACCUCCUUUGCGGAGAGCUGCAAGCCAGUGCAGCAGCCUUCAGCCUUUGGCAGCAUGAAAGUUAGCAGAGACAAGGAUGGCAGCAAGGUGACCACAGUGGUGGCAACUCCCGGGCAGGGUCCAGACAGGCCACAAGAAGUCAGCUAUACAGACACUAAAGUGAUCGGAAAUGGGUCAUUUGGUGUGGUAUAUCAAGCCAAACUUUGUGAUUCAGGAGAACUGGUUGCCAUCAAAAAAGUAUUGCAGGACAAGAGAUUUAAGAAUCGAGAACUCCAGAUCAUGAGAAAGCUAGAUCACUGUAACAUAGUCCGAUUGCGUUAUUUCUUCUACUCAAGUGGUGAGAAGAAAGAUGAGGUCUACCUUAAUCUGGUGCUGGACUAUGUUCCGGAAACAGUAUACAGAGUUGCCAGACACUAUAGUAGAGCCAAACAGACUCUCCCUGUGAUCUACGUCAAGUUGUAUAUGUAUCAACUGUUCAGAAGUUUAGCCUACAUCCAUUCCUUUGGAAUCUGCCACCGGGAUAUUAAACCACAGAACCUCUUGUUGGAUCCUGAUACAGCUGUCUUAAAACUCUGUGAUUUUGGAAGUGCAAAGCAGCUGGUCCGAGGAGAACCCAAUGUUUCAUAUAUUUGUUCUCGGUACUAUAGGGCACCAGAGUUGAUCUUUGGAGCCACUGAUUAUACCUCUAGUAUAGAUGUAUGGUCUGCAGGCUGUGUGUUGGCUGAGCUGUUGCUAGGACAACCAAUAUUUCCAGGGGACAGUGGUGUGGAUCAGUUGGUAGAAAUAAUCAAGGUCCUGGGAACACCAACAAGGGAGCAAAUUAGAGAAAUGAACCCAAAUUAUACAGAAUUCAAAUUCCCUCAAAUUAAGGCACAUCCAUGGACAAAGGUCUUCCGACCCCGAACUCCACCGGAGGCAAUUGCAUUGUGUAGCCGUCUGCUGGAGUAUACACCAACUGCCCGAUUGACACCACUGGAAGCUUGUGCACAUUCAUUUUUUGAUGAACUGAGGGACCCAAAUGUCAAACUACCAAAUGGGCGAGACACACCUGCACUCUUCAACUUCACCACCCAAGAACUGUCAAGUAAUCCACCUUUGGCUACCAUCCUUAUUCCUCCUCAUGCCCGAAUUCAAGCAGCUGCUUCCACCCCUACAAAUGCCACAGCAGCCUCAGAUGCUAAUGCUGGAGACCGUGGACAGACCAAUAAUGCUGCUUCUGCGUCAGCUUCCAACUCCACCUGAACAGUCCCAAGCAGUCAGCUGCACAGGAAAAACUACCAGUACUUGAGUGUCACUCAGCAACACUGGUCACGUUUGGAAAGAAAAUUAAAAAGAGAAAAAAAAAAAACUGUUCAUUUUAGUGUUCAAUUUUUUUUAUUAUUAUUGUUGUUCUUAUUUAACCUUGUAAGAUAUCUAUAAAUACAAAA